UGUGCGGUUCGCUCGGUGCCUCCUUUUUCACUCAGCUCGAUUUUAGAUCGCGUGCGUGUCGUGUGUGACAUCCACCAUUAUAGAAUAAUAUAUUCGGUAUCCAUAUAUACCGGGGGUCCGUGCCCGCUCCCACACCCGUAUCCGUGCCCGUAUCCAUAUCCAUAUCCGUGCAAAUUGCAAACACACAUGCGUGUGUGCAGUGAUUCACCGAGUGCGUUGGCCUUUCCGGUUGUGAAUUGUCCCCAGUUUGAGUUCCACAAGUCCCCAGUGAAUGCAGGCGACAAUAGCACCUUGAGUGGCCAGAUCGGCAAUAGAUAUAGAUCGGAACCAGGCCCAUGCCCAGUGUAGAUGGCCUUUGGCCGGUGUUAUGAGAAUUUUUGUCGUCGUCGCCGUUCUCGCCGUCGUCUUCGCCCGUGUCGCUGUGCGUGUGUCCGCGGAGGAGAUCACUUUAAAAAUAACAGAUUUGUUUGAUGCUAUUUAUAAAAGGCGGGCCAAGUUUUCGUUCCGUUUCGCAUUGUGAGGCUCUUGGCACUUGGCUUUUGCUUUCGGAUUUCGGUCCUACUCGCCUGCACUUGAAUAUCCAACCCAUCAAGUGAAUAUCAAGUGAAUAUUAUAUUAAUUCGACGACGUGUGUGUGUGUCAGUGGCGCAAUGUAAACAGCCAAAAUGUCGAGCGAUUUGAUCGGCACGAAUUUUAGCAGCACAUUGACAAAUGGGAUGUCGGGGUGUGACCAAAGCACUGUCGAAUCAUUGGCCGACGAUCCAACAGAUUCACCAUUCGACGCCGAUGAUUGUCUCAAGGUGCGCAAGUACUGGUGCUUUCUGCUGUCCAGCAUCUUUACAUUCCUUGCUGGCCUGCUCGUGGUGCUGCUAUGGCGCGCCUUCGCCUUCAUCUGCUGCCGCAAGGAGCCGGACCUGGGGCCCAACGAUCCCAAGCAGAAGGAGCAGAAGGCCUCCCGCAACAAACAGGAGUUCGAGGGAACCUUUAUGACAGAAGCGAAAGACUGGGCUGGGGAGCUUAUCUCGGGUCAAACAACAACUGGUCGAAUUUUGGUCGUACUCGUAUUUAUACUCAGCAUCGCAUCCCUCAUUAUAUACUUUGUUGAUGCAUCUAGCGAAGAAGUCGAAAGAUGCCAAAAGUGGAGUAAUAACAUUACUCAACAGAUCGAUCUCGCAUUCAAUAUAUUUUUUAUGGUUUACUUUUUUAUACGAUUCAUAGCGGCGUCCGAUAAGCUUUGGUUUAUGUUAGAAAUGUACAGUUUUGUAGAUUAUUUUACAAUACCCCCGUCCUUCGUAUCAAUAUAUUUAGAUCGAACAUGGAUCGGUCUUCGAUUUCUUCGAGCGCUACGUCUCAUGACUGUUCCAGAUAUUUUACAAUAUUUAAACGUACUAAAAACAUCGAGCUCCAUACGCUUGGCUCAACUAGUAUCAAUUUUUAUAUCCGUGUGGUUAACAGCAGCGGGCAUUAUACAUCUGCUGGAGAACUCUGGCGAUCCGCUGGAUUUUAAUAAUGCUCAUCGUUUAUCGUAUUGGACCUGUGUCUAUUUCCUAAUUGUGACCAUGUCAACGGUAGGAUAUGGUGACGUUUACUGUGAGACUGUCCUGGGAAGAACAUUUCUCGUGUUCUUUCUGCUCGUCGGCUUGGCCGUUUUCGCUAGUUGGAUACCAGAAAUCACUGAACUGGCUGCCCAAAGAAGCAAAUAUGGUGGAACAUAUAGCAAGGAUCCUAGAAAAAGACAUAUUGUGGUAUGCGGUCACAUAACAUACGAGUCCGUGUCGCAUUUCCUGAAGGACUUUCUCCACGAAGAUCGGGAGGAUGUCGAUGUCGAAGUGGUCUUUCUCCAUCGAAAACCACCCGAUUUGGAACUUGAGGGUUUGUUCAAACGUCAUUUUACCACCGUGGAGUUCUUCCAAGGAACCAUUAUGAAUCCGAUCGAUCUGCAGAGGGUUAAGGUUCAUGAAGCCGACGCCUGCCUCGUGCUAGCUAACAAAUAUUGCCAAGAUCCCGACGCAGAAGAUGCUGCCAACAUCAUGAGAGUAAUCUCGAUCAAGAACUACAGCGACGACAUUCGAGUCAUCAUCCAGCUAAUGCAGUACCACAAUAAGGCGUACUUGCUGAACAUCCCAUCGUGGGACUGGAAACAGGGCGACGACGUCAUCUGCCUGGCGGAGCUGAAGCUGGGCUUCAUCGCCCAGAGCUGCCUGGCGCCCGGAUUCUCGACCAUGAUGGCCAACCUGUUCGCGAUGCGUUCGUUCAAGACGUCACCAGACACACAGGCCUGGCAAAAUGAUUAUCUUCAAGGUACAGGGUGUGAGAUGUACACCGAAACCCUAUCACCUUCAUUUACCGGCAUGACAUUCCCACAAGCCAGCGAACUGUGCUUCUCCAAGCUGAAGCUCCUGCUCCUGGCCAUCGAGAUCAAGGGCGCCGAGGAGGGGGCGGACAGCAAGAUUUCCAUAAAUCCAAGGGGGGCCAAGAUUCAGGCCAAUACGCAGGGUUUCUUCAUAGCACAAAGCGCCGACGAGGUGAAGCGUGCCUGGUUCUAUUGCAAAGCCUGCCACGAGGACAUCAAGGACGAGACGCUGAUUAAGAAAUGCAAAUGCAAAAACUUGACUGUUCAGCCCAGGAGCAAAUUCGAUGACUUAGAUGUGGGCAUGAUUAUGAUGCAGACGGGCAUGGUCAACCAAGGCAUCACGUCGGUGAUGAAUACAAUGGAGGAUGAACACCAUCCUGCACCCACAUUUACGCCUCCAGAGCUACCCAAGCGGGUGCAUGUGCGUGGAUCUGUCUCGGGUGAUAUCACACGUGACAGAGAAGAUACGAAUCUACUCAAUCGCAAUGUGCGCCGUCCGAAUGGCACUGGCAACGGUACAGGUGCCAUGCAUCACAUGAACAACACUGCGGCAGCUGCCGCCGCUGCCGCUGCGGCGGGCAAGCAGGUGAACAAGGUGAAGCCCACGGUGAACGUGAGCAGGCAGGUGGAGGGCCAGGUGAUAUCGCCAUCGCAAUACAACAGGCCACCAGAGAAUGAUGCUAACCCUUAUGCGGGCUAUCAACUUGCUUACGAAGUUAAAAAGCUCAUGCCGACGAGUCGCAGCUCCGGCACGGGCACACAGAAUCAAAACGGAGGCGUCUCAUUGCCCGCCGGCAUUGCGGACGACCAGUCGAAGGACUUUGAUUUCGAGAAGACCGAAAUGAAGUACGACUCGACGGGCAUGUUCCACUGGAGUCCGGCAAAGAGCUUAGAAGACUGCAUACUGGAUCGCAACCAGGCGGCCAUGACCGUGCUGAACGGCCAUGUGGUCGUCUGCCUGUUCGCCGAUCCUGACUCGCCGCUGAUUGGGCUGCGCAACCUGGUUAUGCCGCUGCGAGCAUCCAACUUCCACUACCACGAGCUAAAGCAUGUGGUUAUCGUGGGCUCGGUGGACUAUAUCCGACGCGAGUGGAAAAUGCUGCAGAACCUGCCCAAGAUCUCGGUGCUGAACGGCUCGCCGCUGAGUCGCGCCGACCUGCGGGCGGUCAAUGUCAAUCUGUGUGAUAUGUGCUGCAUCCUGUCGGCCAAAGUUCCUAGCAACGACGAUCCCACGCUGGCCGACAAGGAGGCGAUUCUCGCCUCGCUGAACAUCAAGGCGAUGACCUUCGACGACACGAUCGGCGUGCUAAGCCAGCGCGGCCCGGAGUUCGACAACCUGAGCGCCACCGCCGGCAGCCCCAUUGUGCUGCAGCGGCGAGGCUCAGUCUAUGGCGCCAAUGUGCCCAUGAUAACAGAACUGGUCAAUGAUAGUAACGUGCAGUUUCUCGAUCAAGACGACGAUGAUGAUCCAGAUACAGAACUAUAUCUGACGCAGCCAUUCGCCUGCGGCACAGCCUUCGCUGUGAGUGUGUUAGACUCGCUGAUGUCCACGACAUACUUCAAUCAAAACGCCUUAACGCUGAUCCGCUCACUGAUAACGGGCGGCGCCACGCCCGAGCUGGAACUGAUUCUGGCCGAGGGAGCUGGCCUCCGGGGAGGCUACAGCACAGUGGAGAGUCUGAGCAAUCGGGACAGAUGUCGAGUGGGUCAAAUCUCGCUUUACGACGGUCCCUUGGCUCAAUUCGGGGAGUGCGGCAAGUACGGAGAUCUCUUCGUGGCUGCCCUCAAGUCUUACGGAAUGCUGUGCAUCGGGCUUUAUCGGUUCAGGGACACCAGCUCCAGCUGUGAUGCGAGCAGCAAACGCUAUGUAAUAACCAACCCACCCGAUGACUUUUCACUACUGCCAACAGAUCAGGUAUUCGUUUUAAUGCAAUUCGAUCCGGGCCUGGAGUACAAGCCGCCAGCGGUACGAGCACCGUCCGGCGGACGCGGCACCAACACACAGGGCUCCGGGGUCGGCGGGGGCGGCUCAAACAAGGAUGAUAACUCUUGAUUGUUACUGUGUAGCGCCUUAACUGAUGGUCCUUAUUCGUACAUUUGAACGAUGGAGAAGCUAAUCGGAUGCAGAGCAGCGCAUUGGGGGCACCUACCUAACUACUACCUAACCAUAUUGGCCUAAGAUUUACCGAAAAAAAGAUAGGAAAAAAGACAUAUUUGUAUGUACUAUGUACAAGCAGAAAGAAAUUGAAAUCAAAAGCGAUUGUUAUUGACUAGUUAGAAAAAACCGAAUACCAGAAAAUCCUGGGUGCCAUCCAAUGCGUUGCUCUGCCCUUUUAUGUGUGUGAAGGCAUGCGGCCCGGUGUUUUGUGUCCAUCCCAACUAACAAUCAAGAGACAGCCCCAAGCCAGAAGAGCAACUGCAUCAUCAGCAACAACGUCGACGGCAGGGCCGCCUGUCUCCGCACACAUAAAUAGCUAACUCAGAUCGGGGCCCUCAAGAUCCACAGCCCUGAUGUCCAUCGUUCAACUGCCAACUGAUUGCUUCCCACAUCAUUCCGUAUGCCUUUUUAGAACCUUGAAAAUUAACAUCUAUUAUUAUCUAUAUUCUGUAUACCUUUACUCUUACUCUACAUUGGUUAUCUUGUAUCUUUUGUUUCUCUUUAUCCGUAUCUUUAUCCAUAUUAUUUUGUAAUCGACUCUGUGCCCCAAUAAAUACUAUUAUUAUUUGA